AUGAGCCGAGCCAAGUGGGGCUGGCACCGCCACAACAACAACAACAACACAACAAAGACCACAGGGGUCUGCGCGGCGCUUUAAAAUGUCCUCCUGGAUCACUGUCUUGUGUUCUGUGUUCCUGGGACUGUUGGGUCAAACUGAAGCAGGCCGAGCGACCAUCACCUUAAACGUCCCGCACACGCACGUCGUCCUCGCUGGCCAAAAGCUCCACCUCAAGUUCAUCGUGACCGUGCCCCUGAAUACCUCAGCGGCCACGCUGGCCUGUUACCACGACGACAGAAAGGUGACAUCCACGUACCACAUCGACCCUAACACCAUCCGUGGUCAGAGGAACAAGUUUAUCCUCUUCAACAACAGCUCAGAGUCGGGGGAGUACCACUGCAGGUUCACACAUGGCGACACAUGGCAAAACAUCUACCUUGCCGUAUUGGUACAGGAUAAGGGCUUUAGGGAGAUGUACCAUGGUCUGAGGGACGAGGUUGUUGCUCCUGUGGCUGCCGUCACUGUCUUCUUUCUCAUCUUCAGCGUUGUGGGAACCAUUUGCAUAUACAGGAGCCAGGCUGCUGAGGGGAGGCCGGGUAACAUUGGUGCGGGCACGGGUGCGGGCACUGCUGGGGCGCGCACAAGUGUUGCCAGUGCGACACGCACCAGUGUUGCUAGCGGCAACGCUGCGGUGCAGGCAGUGGACGAUGAGGAUGGCGGAGCCAACUCUGUCUACACGACCCUGGAGUCUCGCCCGACGUCUAUCUAUGACGUGUUGGAUCCAUCAGUUUCAGGCAGUAGGGCGCAGUCAAAGAAAUCCAGCAGGAAAAGAUCAAAGAAGCAGGGUGAAGCGGCUUCCGCAGCUGAGGAUGGGAUAUUUGAAUCUGUGUAUGAGAAUCUGUGAUCAAUUAAUAAUCGUAAUAAUGUUGUAAUAAUGUCAGUCUAUUGUUUUUCUGUAAACACGUGCUCAGACCUGCUUAAUCUAUGUCAUCCAUAUUGUUCAUCUGGAUAGAACCACAUUGUGUAGCCAGAGAAUCUUUGUACACCAGCCUUUAGUUCUUACUUAAACUGUGAAUAGAGAUGUAUUGUGGUUUCAAUAUGCCAGUGAAUAAAAGCAUACGCU